CCCAGUUUUUUUAAAUCAGAAUCAUCAAGUGGAAAAGCAGCUGAUGCUGAGAGAAGCUUAGGCAGGAAAGCAAGACUGCCUGGAGCACGUAAGCAGCGUGCAUUCCUCUCAGUCCCUUACACACCCUUUUUUUCAUAUUAGUAUACAGACUUCCCAGUUAGAAGAACACGACUCAAAGUUAUCAUUAACUAUACUGUAACAAAACAUUUUUCAUGAGUUUGUCUAAUGCUGACACAAUUAGGCCAGUGGAAAAGGUUCAUCAAUUUGUGCAAGCAAUGUGUGCUCACCCCUAGGAAUAAAGGUGACCUAAAAAACACUUGCAUACAUUUGACAGCAAUGAUUGUAAUUACAACAAAGAACAAACCUAAGCAUUUUUGCAUUACAGCAUGUUGUUUAAGGGCUUGUCUAGGCUCGUUAAUGACCACUGUAGCUAAGCCUACACAGAGGAAAAAUGGAAACCACCAGUACCACAGCUUUGUCCUUAUAUUUAUCCAAUAGAAGUUGGUAGCCUGAAAUACCACAACUUAAGUGCACAACACUGUAACACACACAAGUAUCUUCUGAAAAUAGUAAAGUUUCAGCUACAAAAAGCAAGCUAUAGCCUGUGAGCUUUUACUCUCAUUACUCUUGAGCUUACAAUACAGAAAAACAUUGUUUUGUUAGCUUUUGUACAGAAUACCAGCCAAGUCCCAACGUACAUACAUAUAUAUGAGAUACUGAAUAUCGUCUGCUUAAUUAAUAUAUUUUAGAGCCCUUCUGUGAGCAACAAGUCUUUUACAUAUGUUUGCAUUAGAAGUAUAGUGUACAAGGAGAGGUUGAUAUUUAUGUAAGCAUACUUAUGUAAGCUUCUAUUAUGAUAUGGCUUGUUUUUCCCCAUGUAGUAGAGAUAAACAGACACACCAGCAGUACAGGGAUGCAGAUGAACAUCCCUGCCUGUAUGUUCUGCAAACUACCAGGACCCCAAGGUGCUAAAACAGCUUUUUUAUGUUAUUUUUCUGUGUAACAGAAAAUGGCUACAGAUCAGCGUGCUCAGGUGUUAUCCUGGAGAUAAAACCAUGUGCCAGUUCUCAUCCUGUCCCUUCCCCCAGUUAUUUAUGAUACAGACACAUAUACAGUUAUGUACUGAAUGCAUGUCCUCAUGGCUGCCCUACUGCCCUUCACAACUUGUUGGCAUGUCUUCACAAUGCAUCUAUGAGAAACAAGAGAGGGUUGAAAAACAACCCCUUGGGGGAACACUGAUGAUUGUUCUCAAACCUCAGGCUACUCCACUGGGAACAGUUAGCUCUUUGUUGGGGACAGAAACAUCAGCUGGGCACAUACAUACUGACUGGAGAUUUGUUCUCUGCUUUAGAAACAAAACAAGAAUUCAGUGGGCUUGUGUUUAUCUACAUUUUAGUCGCCCUUCUCAAGGCAAUACUCCUUCAUACAUGUGAACAGGGCUAACUGUUGAGAUGGACCAAAGUGGUGUGGCAGGAUGUAGCCCUUCCAUGGCCUUCUCUGCUCUGGAGAAAGAAUUAUUAGCAUACACUUCACAGGAACUUUAGGGUGACAGAAUAAUUUAACAGCUAACCUUACACAAGCAAGCACAGCUCCAAUGCAAACCCCAGAAAAUAACAGCUUCUCCUCCAGAACACCUUGGUGAUGAUUUUCCUGUUUGAUCCAAGCAGAACACAGGUGAAACAGUUUACUCCACAGUAAGUGCUAACCUGCAGAGAACGUGUUUCAGGCCCUAGCAUGUUCUAACAGGCUCAACUAGUAAACUCCUCUUCACAUAAUCCCAUUUUCAUGGCAUUAGAUAAAGGUUUGCAAGUGCUACUUGCAUGCACUUUUAUUUUUAAUUGAACCUUUUAGAAUAUAAGUGUAUCAGCCAGCACACUGGUAUAGAUCUCUGCAAGCAGCAUGUUUUCUGUUAGAAGUCAUUCCCAGCUACUGAUUUCAAAUGUCUCAGAGCACUUGGGUGAAUCGAGCUGCAAGAAAUCUGCAUGAAGUGUGGGAAACAUGAGAGGUGUUCUUAGAAAUCAAAUGGUGAAGUUUAAUUUGCCCUAUUGUGCUGGCAUCUAAAUAUGUCGAGAACUGCAGCUGGUUAAAUGGAGAGUCCAGCUUCACUUUGUGUACUAUAAACACAAUAGAAUUUCACAAUAGCUUUGUAUAACCCCUUUGUGCACAUAUCCAAGAGCUAAGGGGGCUGACCAGUCCCAAAUGCCAUUCAAAACAGCCAGCUAUCAGAGAACACUGUGCCUUUCAUAACACGUCAGCAGAAAUCUUGUGAGGAUGGUCUUAGCUGUUUACAGCCAGAUUUGUACCCACCAUUUCACGCCAGGGUUAAAAAGGAAAAGCUCUCAUUCUCUAACAUCACCUUCUGACCUGAGUUGGAGGGGUGUAACAUUAUUUUUUGUACAGUUCUUUCUCCUGCGAGCACGAAACCUAUUGCUGACCCAGCCCUAAGUAGGCACGGUGCCAUAGAAGCAGUGGAAGUUACACAAGGGUGUGAAACCGCUUAUGGAGCCAGAUCACACAUUGGAAGCAGGGUUGCCUAGUGGGCAGGAGGUGGAGCUUUCGGCCUUUUGUGUGGAAGCUCUCCAAUGAGACCCAGAGCUCUGGUUUUCCUAACAGCAUUCCCUGCAGCAGGGCUGAGGCAUGGGCGGAGUCUGAUCGACCUAAAAUAAACACCGACUUGCACCACCUCGUGGGUGUGCGCAGCCUCCAAUAGCUAGGACAGCCUAUUCACCAAAAUAUCUGGUAAGAUGAUCAAAUCCUUCAAGCAAACGUUUCUGUCCCUGGAUCUGCAGUCCCCUAGGUGGAGCUCAAUAGAGACCAUGGCAAAGGACUCCGAACUGCGCCAGUAUGAGACAGCCAAGUGGGUCAGCACAGUCAUUAAGGGAGAGACCCAGAAGGAAGCAAUGCGCCAGGGCUUCUGGAAACUCUUCCACUACAUCCAAGGGAAGAAUGAGAAAGAAAUCAAGAUUGAUAUGACUGUGCCAGUGACAUGUCUGGUGAAGUCUGGCUGUGCAGACUUCAAGAUCUCCUUCUUCGUGCCAUUUGAACAUCAGGACUCCCCACCACAGCCCACUGACUCAGAUGUGUUUGUUGAGGAGCGGAAGGCAGGAGCCAUCUUUGUCAGGUCCUUCAGUGGAUUUGCCUCACCAGAUAAAUAUGCUGAAGAAGCUGAAGCCUUGGCUAAACUCUUAAGAAACAGAGGCCAACCAUUCCAUGAAGACUUCUUUUACACAGCAGGCUAUGACAGUCCUUUCAAGCUCUUUAACAGGCACAAUGAAGUGUGGUAUUUUAAGAAGUAAUCAAGAGUCAGAGAAUACUAGAGGCUACUAAUCAACUCUGACUGGAAACAGACCCUAUUAAUGGCUUUUGCUUAACUGCAGAAGAUAUUUGUAUGUGAACACAGGAACAUCUCUAACUGAUUUUAUCUAGGAUGAAGUUAUUCUGGCUAAAAACUCAAGUAGCUCACACCAGCUGGAGUGGGAGGGAGAUGAAACUCAAUCAAGAGGAACAACUCUUAGUGAAAAAUUCUGGAAAGCAUCAGAAAAUAUUCCUGUAAGAGUUAAGAUGUCUAGUUUUUCCUUCUUGUUCAAAGUGCUGCUCCAAUGCAAUAGCUCAAGUGUUAAGAGCAGCAAGUUUCCUUUUUCAUCACAAAAAGAUGGGGGAAGAACGUUGCUUUUUCAGAAAAAAUAAUGAGUUUCAGUAACAGAUAUGCCUUAAUGGGCUCUAGUAUCAUACAAACAUUUCUACCUUUAAAAAAAUAGGAUUGGAUUAUCCAAGUCUCCCACCUCUGCUAGUAUUUUUCUUCCUCACAGAGGGUGGAUGCUGUCACACCCCACACUAAUGCCACUGACCAGACUUAAUCCAGUGGAAAAGUGUUAACAGAAUCCAAGCCCUGUGGUGGUUCUGUGAAAAAUCUGUUUCUAUUUUUCUUUUAAACUUCACCCAAACCUAGGUAUUGCUCAGGUCAACUCCAGUCUUAACACUCAUAUUAGCUACACUCUGCAGCAGAGAGUGCAGGACUAGCAUUUCCUUAAACUAGUUA